AUGAGCGUGGUUGCGAACAUGGUUGGCCUUCUGGACGAUCAGGAUUUCUCCGUCUGCAUCAGCGCGGCUCUCAGCUUGCAAGCCUUCUUCUCAAAGGAGUCGGCCUGCUUCGAGUACCUCGGUCAGAACCUCCAGCACAUCGUGGAGCGCUACAUCUUCAUUCUGCAGAAAGUGGCUGUGGAAGAAGUCAUGCAGGCCUUCGACAUCCUCAUCAACAUGUACGAAGGCCGCCUGCUGCCGAUGAGUGCCGACAUUCUGAGCAUUUUGCUGUCGGCUUUCAAGGACUACAAGAAGGACGAGGACAACGACAACGCGGUGUUCACUGCCAUGAGCACCAUCGAUUGCAUCAGCAGCAUCGUGAUUAACGGCUGCGAGAAUCCUCAGUACUACGAUACCGUGGUCACUGCCGUGAUGCCCACGAUCAUCGAGGUGUUCUCGAACAACGAGUGCGAUUUCUACGACGCCAGUCUGAUGAUCGUUCGCACCUUCGCCAACUUCUACGCCAACGCGCGCACGACGCAGAACAUGAUCUGGGAGCUCUUCCCGCGCCUGGUCUCGAUCAUCCAGAUGCAGGCGAUCGACUACAUCGGCGGAUUCUUCCCUGUGGUGGACUGCUACAUGAGCAUUCCGGGAUCAGGCAUGCUGGAUCAUCAGUUCAACGGCAAGAGCUAUCUGGAGAUGAUGUACGAUUUCGUGAGCAGCGUGGCGUUCGAUUCGGAAAUCAGCGAUGUGGAGCAGUGCUACGCGAUGGCCAUUCUGAUGAUCAUCAUCCACUAUUACAUGGAGCAGACGGACGUCGUGCUGAAGCCCGCCAUGCAGAUUGUGAUACAGUUCGUGGAGAAGAAGAAGAACGAGAUCCAGGAAUUGAUGAACAACCCUUCGGAGGAAGACGCCGAAGUGAUUGAAUACACGCUGGACGAGAUUCGUGAGAGCAUCGUUCGUGCCCUUCUCGUGGUCUGCUCUGCGAUCAUCAUCGAUCGUUCUCGCGCCAUGGCCUGCAUGCAGGAGCUCGGCUACGCGGACACUUUCCUCAUCGACAUGCUCAGCUAUCUCGACUCCUUCACUUCCUUCUUCCCUUGCAAGAUCGGCACGAUGGCGCUCGCCGCUCUGCUCGCCAUGCCGCAAGAGCAGCUCCCCGCGUCAUACCAGAACGCAUAUAACCAUAUCUUCGCUGGCAGCAUGACGCUGCUGCGCAUGGCGAACGAGACGCAGCCGAACGAAGAGGAGGAGGAGAUCGACUACAACCUGCUGCUGGAGCGGAUCCAGGGCCAGAACUUCAAGGAGAACGACUGGGGAUACGACGAUGAGAACGACGUGAAGAGCGAGGAUCUGACGGACGACGAGCUGCGCCACUUGCAGGAAAUUGGAGGCGGCUGUGGAAUGGACUUCGUGGAGAUCGACCAGGAUCUGUACAAUGCGGUGACAAAGAUUAACUACGUGGCGUAUGUGCAGCAGUGCGUGAGGAUCUUUGGAAACUCGAAGCCGGACGUGGCCAACGCGGUCUUCAAGUCUCUGACCCCGGAUAUCGCGUCGUUUGUAGAUGAGCUGAUGAAGCUGACUUUUGAGGAGGAGCAGCAAAUCGACAGCUGUUUGGAUGUCGUUUACGCGAAGAGAAAAGGGAGUUUGGGACGCUUCGCGACGAUUGGAGGUGGAGAAGCCGACGUUGGCUCCAUCGAUGACUACGUCGUAGUCAAAGGAAUCGACUGCUUUUUUGAAUUGUUGAAAGGCUUGAGAACGGUUUUGUGA